GAACAGACAGUGAGGAACUCAAUCUCGCAGCAAUGACGAUCAGCAAUACGAUUGUCGAUAUAUUAACCAAUCCAAAGCAUUCACUAUGGAUUGCACCACUGCUCGUAGUAGCAGACGCAGUGCUCUCUGCACUUAUUAUUAAGAAAGUGCCUUACACAGAAAUAGACUGGACAACCUACAUGCAACAAAUCGCACUAUACCAAGCAGGCGAACGUGAUUAUACCGCAAUCAAAGGCGACACUGGCCCUCUCGUCUACCCCGCUGCACACGUUUAUAUCUAUUCAUUCCUAUAUGAAUUAACAAAUAAGGGACAGGACAUCGUCCUGGGACAGGUAAUUUUCGCCGGAAUCUAUAUAACUACAUUAGUCGUUGUCCUGUCCUGCUACAUCAGAGCCGGUGCGCCGCCAUAUCUACUUCCACUGCUGGUGCUGUCCAAAAGACUACACAGCGUUUAUAUGCUGAGAUUGUUCAACGAUGGAAUUGCGACCUUUGCUAUGUGGUUGGGUAUUUUCCUGUUUCAACGACGGCAAUUGACUGCCGCGACUACGGUGUGGUCUCUGGGAGUGGGAGUUAAAAUGUCUUUGUUGUUGCUUGCUCCUGGAGUUGCUAUUGUAGUAGCUUUGUCAGGAGGGAUUUGGACAGCUGUACCGCUUGCUCUUAAUGCGAUUUUGACACAGGUGCUACUUGGUAUACCGUUUCUACGAGAAAACGCCAUUGGCUAUGCUUCGCGCGCAUUCGAGCUAACCAGACAAUUCCUCUAUGAAUGGACAGUCAACUGGCGUUUCGUGGGCGAGGAAGUUUUCGAGUCGCCUAUCUUCUCAAUCAACCUUCUCGUUCUGCAUGUUGUUCUCAUCCUCGCUUUCCUUGCUACCAGAUGGAUCCGCCCCUCCGGCGAAGAGCUUGAUUUUUUCGCCCAGAAAUUCAUUGAAGGUCGUUCGACACGACAUCCUUUAUCCAGCAAAUAUAUCACCACCACCCUCCUCACAUCAAUGGUCAUAGGAAUGCUGUGCGCAAGGUCGCUGCAUUAUCAGUUCUAUGCGUAUCUCGGCUGGACGACUCCAUUCUUGCUCUGGCAGGCGAAACUUCAUCCGGUCUUGAUAUAUGCAGUGUGGGCGAUGCAGGAAUGGGGCUGGAAUGUGUUUCCCAGCACUAAUGCUAGCUCUGCUGCUGUUGUUGCCUGUUUGGCUGUGCAGGUCGUGAUGCUCUUGUUGAAUGAUGACUCGUCCCAGGGUCUGUCAGAAGAUAUCAAGAAAUCGGUGGGAGAACAAAAGACAAAGUAAUGGGCGUCUGAGCAUUGUUUGGAAAGUUUCAAGUUGUCGUGAUGCCAUAGGUGUUUAGUUCGUGAAAUGUUUAUAUGUUGCGUAAUUUACUCAUCGUCCUCCUCGUCAGAAGAAGGCAUCUUGCCUACUCUGGAUUCUUCUUCAUCCUCCGAGUCCGAAGG